AUGGCGUACAGUGUCCCCCUCAUUCUGUACGUGAUCAUCCAGUUCGCGGCGUUCCUCCUGGUGCUGGCGGGUACACCGUCUGGCAUGUUCCGCAGCGGGUCCCCAAGUUUCCCGGGCCCGUUUGGCUGUAUAACCCUAUGGGGUUUGAAGCUAACCUGCGCGUCUGUGGAUUACAACGUCACAAUUCACUUCUUCUUUCGGAACUGCCGUAACCGCCUCAACCUUUUCCGCGCUGCACAGGGGCUUGCUAUUUGUCACAUCUUCGUGUACGGUGCGGCGUUCAUCC